ACGACGCGCUGGGCACCUAAGCCCUGUGCUUGCUGGGGGGAGCGAGGCUUUCCCGGGCGCCUGCUUGCAAACGUCAGGCGCUCGCUGGCCCAGCCGCAGGAGCGGGUCCUUCUUCCCCGGGCCGGCAGCGGCGGCGGCUCCUCGGUUCAUGUUUUUAUCUCGUUUUUUGGUAAAGAUGGCAGCCAACAAUGCAGUGCUGAACAGACUGGAGCAGAAAGGUGCAGAGGCUGAUCAAGUUAUUGAGUACCUCAAGCAACAAGUUGCCCUGCUCAAGGAAAAAGCCAUCUUACAAGCAUCUCUUCGGGAAGAGAAGAAGCUCCGUGUGGAAAAUGCUAAACUGAAGAAAGAAAUUGAAGGACUGAAGCAGGAGCUGAUUCAGGCUGAAAUUCGAAAUGGAGUAAAGCAGAUUGCGGUUCCUCCUGGUACAACCCUUUCUACAACACCAUUUUCAGAGGAUGUUCCACAACCUACAGCAGUUACAGCAUCUUCUGGUUCCAAAGAUCAAGUUAAAGGUGAAGAUGAAGAAAAGAAAAAGAAAGAAAAAGUAGAAAAAAAAGGUGAAAAGAAGGAUAAGAAACAGCAGCCAGCUGCUGGAAGUAGCGAUGCAAAACCUGUAGAUGUUUCUCGUCUGGAUCUUCGUGUUGGCUGCAUUAUUACUGCCGAAAAGCACCCAGAUGCAGACACUCUAUAUAUUGAACAUGUGGAUGUUGGUGAAGCAAGCCCAAGGACUGUUGUCAGCGGUUUAGUGAAACAUGUUCCUCUGGAUAAGAUGCAAAAUCGGAUGGCAAUACUACUCUGUAACUUGAAGCCUGCAAAGAUGAGAGGAGUAGUAUCUGAAGCAAUGGUGAUGUGUGCCAGCUCCCCAGAAAAAGUGGAAAUUCUGGCUCCCCCACCUGGAGCGGUACCUGGGGACAGAAUUACUUUUGAAGGUUUUCCUGGAGACCCUGAGAAGGAACUUAACCCGAAGAAGAAGAUUUGGGAGCAAAUCCAACCUGAUCUUCAUACCAAUGACCAGUGUGUUGCUACAUACAAAGGAGUUCCAUUUGAAGUGAAAGGGAAAGGAGUGUGCAGGGCAGAGACCAUGGCAAACAGCGGAAUCAAAUAAAUAAAUGGUUAUUAGAAACUUUUACAGAUGUUGAAAUGGAAAGUGAUGCAACACAAUAAAAAACAUGAAAUGCAUGUCUAAGACCUGUUUUGUUUGAC